UUCAGGCGGCCCAGCGGGUGAGCAGCCCCCUGCUCCACUGUCACUUGGGACAACAAAAGGAAGAAAGGUCUCAUCCUGAGGAUUAGACCCACGAUAUUGAUCUUUGUGGACCUUCAACCUGUAACAUGCGUGUAUGCAAAUAGCUUCCAAACAAGAAAAACUAUUCAACGUGAAGUCCCACAAAAGUCGAUGAUAACGUGUGCCAUAGCUUGAAGAAAAGGACUAAUAAUCUUGACGAAGCCAAAACACAGACCCAAAACAAAACAAAACAAAAACAUGCUGUGCACAUCAAGAGCCGUUUAAGAAAGAACCACCUUCGGGAAGAAAUAAGUGCUUCUAAAACUGAACACAGCAAAAGUAUGGAUAUGGGAAAUCAACAUCCAUCCAUCAGUAGGCUUCAGGAAAUCCAAAAGGAAGUGAAAAGUAUAGAACAGCAAGUAAUUGGCUUCAGUGGUCUGUCAGAUGACAAGAAUUACAAGAAACUGGAGAGGAUUUUAACAAAACAGCUUUUUGAAAUAGACUCUGUAGAUACUGAAGGAAAAGGAGACAUUCAGCAAGCGAGGAAGAGGGCAGCACAAGAGACGGAGCGUCUUCUCAAAGAGUUAGAGCAGAAUGCAAACCACCCACACCGGAUCGAGAUACAGAACAUUUUUCAAGAAGCCCAGUCCCUGGUGAAAGAGAAGAUUGUGCCCUUUUACAGCGGGGGCAACUGUGUAACUGAUGAAUUUGAAGAAGGCAUCCAAGACAUCAUUCUGAGGCUGACACACGUCAAGACCGGGGGGAAGAUCUCCCUGCGCAAAGCAAGGUAUCACACUUUAACCAAAAUCUGUGCGGUGCAGGAGAUUAUCGAAGACUGCACGAAAAGGCAGCCUUCCCUGCCGCUCUCCGAGGACGCGCAUCCUUCAGUUGCCAAAAUUAACUCUGUGAUGUGUGAGGUGAACAAGGCCAGGGGCACUCUGAUUGCACUGCUGAUGGGAGUGAACAAUAAUGAGACCUGCAGGCACUUAUCUUGUGUGCUCUCGGGGCUGAUCGCAGAUCUGGACGCUCUGGAUGUGUGCGGGCGGACGGAGAUCCGAAAUUACCGCCGGGAGGUAGUGGAAGAUAUCAACCAGUUACUGAAAUAUUUGGAUUUAGAAGAGGAAGCAGAUAGCACCUACGCAUUUGACCUGGGACAGAAUCAUUCCAUCUUAAAGAUAGAAAAGGUCCUCAAGAGAAUGAGAGAAAUAAAAAACGAGUUCCUUCGAGCACAGAAUCCUCCGGAAUUGUACCUGAGCUCCAAAACAGAAUUGCAGGGGCUGAUCGGACAGCUGGACGAGGUAAGUCUGGAGAAGAACCCUUGCAUCCGGGAGGCUCGGAGAAGAGCAGUGAUCGAGGUGCAGACCCUCAUCACUUACAUCGACUUGAAGGAGGCCCUGGAAAAGAGGAGGUCCUUCGCUUCCGAGGAGCACCCGUCCCAUAAAGCGGUCUGGGACAUCCUGGGAAACUUGUCCGAGAUCCAGGGAGAGGUUCUUUCAUUUGAUGGGAAUCGAACGGACAAGAACUACAUCCGGCUGGAAGAGCUGCUCACCAAGCAGCUGCUCGCCCUGGACGCCGUGGACCCUCAAGGGGAAGAGCAGUGCAAAGCCGCCAGGAAGCAGGCGGUGAAGCUCGCCCAGAACAUCCUCAGCUAUCUCGACCUGAAAUCCGACGAAUGGGAGUACUAACGCACCACAGGCCUCACGGUGGCGAGUUCUGCUCUGCACUUUAUAUAUCCUUCUGUGUGUUUAGAGAGAGCUUUCUGUUCGUGGAGCCGAAAUGGAAUUUAUACGUGCAUAUUUCAAUCUCGCUAUUUAUGAUUUAAGCAAAUUCUAUUUGGUAUCUCUGCUGCUUUUGAUGUUGCAAAACGAAUAUGAUUACAGCACAUUAACUUUUC